AGCAGCCCGUACAGGACGAAGACUUUAAAUAAAUGAGAAUAAUAUCUAGGUAUUGUGCUUGGUGCUUGUUUCUUACCACCUCAUGAUAGUAAUUAGGCACGUGUUAAAUAAUGUAAUACUUCAGUUUGUUAUUUACUUUGGAUUUUAAGCUCCGUGCUACCUUCACGAAGGCUAUAAUCUUCACUGAAACUGUUAAAGAAUAUGAUGAUUUUUGAGACUGUAGUUUGUGUUCGUUUACUCUACCCUCAAUGAUGUGAAUGGGUUGGACAUAAUAUUAGAAACACCUCGUGCUCCACAGAAUACAGGCUUUAAAAUAACCAUAAUGUUGAAUCAACACCUCUGUGAUCAUUAUAACCAUAAUGCUGGUCGGAUAUAUUACACAGUUAUUGUGUUAGAUUGCAUUAGUUUCAAUCUAGUGUACCCAAUAAACGCUUAAACCGUUCUGAUAUUUGCUCAGCAAAUGAGUGUAAGCAGAAUACAAGAGAGGAUCUUUGCUUUGGUGACGUUUAUAGUUAUUAUGUUGAUUAAUUAUCUAUCUUAUAAGCAAGUUGGGGGAAUCUCCAACACCUCAGAAGUCACCACAUGUUGUGUGACUGUGUGUGUUUGUGUGGUCCAGGUUCAGGUAGGGUCAUGAAGGGUCGCAGCCAUCGGGCUGGACGAGCUGUGAGGAAGAGGAGACGGAAACAAGAGAGCGUUGUCCAGUCGGGUAUAAACCAAUCAACAGCUGUAUUCCUAAUGUUUCUCUGCUGUCAGCUGUUUGAGCACAGAUGGUUCUCUCCCAUCACCGGCCUGUUUCUCUCUGUUCCCUCAGUCUCUCUGUGCCAUCAGCUGCAGUAUGUGAGGCUGAUGAAGUUUCUUCACCAGCGAGGAUUCACCUCAACGCUGCUGCAGCCGGCGAUCUUCACUGACACGGGGAGAGGACUUCAAGCUGUCAAGACCAUAAAGCCUGGCCAGCUGCUCAUUUCUCUGCCAGAGUCCUGUCUCCUCACGACCUCAACUGUGCUGGACAGCUACCUGGGACACUAUAUCAAGAGCUGGAAGCCCCGCCUCUCCCCCCUGUUGGUGCUCUGCGUCUUCCUGGUGUGUGAGCGCCACCUGGGAGAGGCCUCCGAUUGGUUCCCCUACAUCGACGUGCUGCCCGCUGCUUACACCUGCCCCGCCUACUUCACCGAUGACGUCGUGGCUGUUCUGCCGAGCGACGCGUGGCGACGGGCUUUAGAGCAGAGGGAGGCGGUGCGAGAGCUCCACUCUCUUAAUCAGAACUUUUUCAGAUCUCUGCAGCCACUUCUGAGUCAGCCCGUGGAUGAGGUGUUAACAUGUGAAGCAUUGAGGUGGGCGUGGUGUAGUGUCAACACACGCUCUGUCUUCAUGUCUCACCCAUCCAACGACUCCCUCUCUGGGCAGGAUGUUUACGCUUUAGCUCCCUUUCUGGACCUGCUGAACCACCGCCCUGACGUGCAGGUGAAAGCAAGUUUCAAUGACGUGACCAGAUGUUACGAAAUCAGAAGCCUUUCCGGGACACUCCGCUACCAGCAGGCCUUCAUUAACUACGGGUCCCAUGACACCCAGCGCCUGAUGCAGGAGUACGGGUUUGUCGCCCCCUGCAACCCCAACAGCGUGGUCUAUGUGGAUGCAGAUCUCCUCUGUGACGUUUUAAGAGGUGACAGGAGUUUGGAUCAGAAGAUCAAGUUUCUCAAAGAGAACAAUUUCCUUCAUAAUCUCACUCUGUCCAGUGAAGGUCCCGGUUGGAGGCUGAUGACGGCUCUCAGACUGCUGUCGCUGCCACAAACACUGUACCACCUCUGGAAGGCGGUGUUGCUCGGCCAGGUACUGUGUGAGGAGAGAGAGGAGUGGAGCGUCCAGACGGCCAAGACUCUCUGUCAGCGACUCCUUCAAGACUCUCACACCGCUCUGGAUAAGAUUGCCAAUCUCCUCCGGCAGUGCGACCAGCCGGUCAGGGAUCAGCUCGAUGUGGUCAAGUCACUGAGACAGGAGGAGAGGUGCAUCCUGGGAAGCUGUCUUGAGCUGCUGGAAGGCCCGCCGAGACAACCGGACGAACUGUUAUCAUGCGCGCCUGAUGUUGACGCCGUGAGCUGAUAUCUGAUUGGUCACAGUCGCUACAAGAAGCAAAGUUAUCGGCUGCACUCAGCUCCUUUUUCAAUUCUCAAUCUUGUGCCUCCUCCGGAAAUCGAUCUCAGCGCUCCUCCUUGUAGGACGUCCCAGUUCCUAAGAUGCAUCAAUUUCAUUUUCCUGGAGGAGCAGUAAGUGAGGAUGCACCGGUGACUCUGCCACACAUUGUUUUAAAAUGGAUGUCUUUUUAAAUGCACCUCCUCUCUUUCACCGCUCGUAUCUUCCUUUGGGGAGACUUAGACGUGAGGAAAGGAAUCAAGGGUGUACAAAAUGGGAAAUGGGACUGACCCACGUUGAUGCUGGACACUCGACAGGUCUCCAUGUUCCUGUUCGGGCGACUGCUAUCCACUUAGCGACUGUGGCUAAGUGGAUAGCAGGGCCGUCUUUCAAUCAGAGGGUCAGUGGUUCAA